UUAGAAAUCAACUAAAGAAUCGAUUCAAAAGAUCGAUCUUUGAACCUAAGAAAUCGAUCUUUUAAAAAUUCGAAUUGAAAUCGAGCAUCUAUGAUUUAUUGGAAGCUUUCCUUUGUUUUGUAAAUAAAAAAGAAAAGAAAAAUUACGUGUUAUUGAGAAAAAGUAGUGUAAAAGUUAAAGUUAAGUUAGAUCCGUGACGACGUAUCAUAAGACAUAACUCUUGUCACGUGAUAUGAUUCUUACGUUUUCAGUUUUAUGUCACAGUAGAGGUUAUAAUUCACAGUCAAACAUUUUCUCUUUAAAUACAUAAAUUGAAAUUUUGUAAUAAAAUAAAUUUAUUAUUUAUUAUAUAUUAAGUGUGCGAAAAAGAAAUGCGUAAUAAAAUUGAAAUGACAUUCCUUGAAGAUAAAGUUUUCGCGAUAUAAUCUGUUUUAAGUUACCCGCUCGCAAGGCUGUUCUCAUUAGGUCCGCUGAUUCUCUUUUCUUUUUCGGUGACAACUUAACCCUUUCACUUCGAGCGCUGGAUAUAUCAGGCAUCCGUGCGUGCUAAAUGUCUUGUUAGAUUUAAAAGGAAAUUAAAGAUAUCACAUAAGAUAUUACACGUCACCAUUUGAGAUUUAUUAUUGUAUACAUUGAUCAUUGGAAACGAAAGAAUAUGAAUAUUUAUUCUUUAUUAACACCUAUAAUAUUAUUAAUAAUAAUGACAUUGAUAUUAAUUGUCUUUACACUUAUAUGUAUUUUACUCAUAUUACCAAUAUUAUUAAUAUUUUGGAGAAGAAUGUAUACAAAAGAGCGUACAAAUAGGAAACAAAAAGGAACUGUCGUUGGAUUUUUCCACCCAUACUGUAAUGCAGGUGGUGGAGGUGAAAAAGUACUUUGGGCAAUGAUUAAAGCUGUACAGUCUAAAUAUCCAAAUAUACAUAUAGUUGUUUAUACCGGUGACUUGGAUGCCGACCCUGAACAGAUUUUAAAUAAAUCGCAAAAAUCAUUUAAUAUUAAAAUUCAAUCAAACAUUGAAUUUAUAUAUCUUCAUAAACGUAAAUGGGUAGAAGCAAACAUGUAUCCUUACUUUACACUUUUGGGACAAAGUUUAGGUUCUAUUUGGUUGGGUAUCGAAGCUUUAAACAAUUUAGUACCAGAUAUUUAUAUUGAUACAAUGGGCUAUGCUUUUACAUAUCCACUGUUUAAAUAUAUAGGAGGUUGCAAAGUUGGAUCAUACACUCACUAUCCUACAAUUUCGACUGAUAUGUUAAGACACGUUUACAGACGUGUAAUAUCACAUAAUAAUCGUCGUAUAAUAGCAAGAAAUCCGUUUUUAUCUGCCGGAAAAAUUGUUUAUUAUAGAUUAUUUGCAUUAUUAUAUGGAUUUGCUGGUAGAACAGCAGAUAUUGUAAUGGUGAAUUCUUCCUGGACGGAGGAACAUAUUAAUAGUAUUUGGAAAUGUCCUUUGCGAACGCACAGAAUCUAUCCGCCAACGGAUGUACAACAUUUAACAUCUCUUCCACUUUAUGACGAUACUAAAGAAGAUGAUCAAAUACGAAUAGUGUCUGUUGCACAAUUUAGACCAGAAAAAAAUCAUCCUUUAAUGUUGAGAACUAUGUACGAAUUGAGAUCAAUAGUUAAAGAAGAAAUAUGGGACAAGAUAUGCUUAGUACUUAUUGGGUCUUGUAGAGACGCGGAAGAUAAAGUACGUGUUAAAGACAUGCAAGACUUAUCUAAACAUUUUGCUUUGGAUGAAAAUGUUGAAUUUAAAUUGAAUAUACCCUAUUCUGAACUUGUAUCGGAAUUACAAAAAGCAUCGAUAGGACUGCAUGCAAUGUGGAAUGAACAUUUUGGUAUCAGUGUAGUAGAAUGCAUGGCUGCUGGAUUAAUUAUGGUAGCUCAUGCUUCUGGUGGACCAAGAGCAGACAUAAUAGAAACACAACCUGGUAGUCAAACCGGCUUUUUAGCGGAAGAAGCAGAAGAAUAUGCCAAAAUAUUAGCAUAUAUUAUAAAUAUGCAUCCUGAGGAUAAAAAGACUAUUAGAUUAGCUGCAAGAGCAUCCGUUAAUCGUUUUUCUAAUGAAUUAUUUGAAAAGGAAGUUUUACGAACUAUGGAACCACUUUUUCGACAAAAACAGGAAUAAAAUUAAGGAUUUACAUUUCUUGUAUAUCAAAGAUACUAUCCAUCAAAUAUAUUAAUAUUUAAAUACUGUCAA